AUGCGAUUAUUCAGUAUGAUGAUAAUCGAAUCGAACAUUUCAUUCCUUUAUCAUACUAAUCAUGGUUCCAAAACGAAUUUUGAUUGUUUUUAUGCUUAUAUCAUUGAUGAUCUUAAUCAAACAGAUCGGACUUUUCUUCGCACAAAUUAUUUAACUCUAUAUUGUCCACGUCCAUUAUCAAACGAUUCUAUUGGUGAAAAUUUAACACUAAUACAAAAUUUGAUGAAAUUAGUUUUUACAAUUGUUCAUCAUCAUGUUUCUUCAUUUAAUAAUCGAAAACAAUAUCAUGAAAAAUUCAUAAUAAAUACUUGUUAUCCAUAUUUAUCAGGUUGUUAUCAUGGUCCCGAACCAAUGUGUUUAGAUUGGCGUGAAAUAUGUAAUGGAAUAAUUGAUUGUAUUGGAGAUAGUUUUGGUAUGGAUCAACAGUAUUGUGAUGAACUUGAAAUGAAUGAAUGUAAAGAAGAUGAAUAUCGAUGUCAUAAUGGAGCUCAAUGUUUACCAUUAGGAUUUUUUCGAGAUGGUUGGACAAGUAAAGAUUAUUUAGAUGGAAUUGAUGAAGAUGAAAUUAGCAUCAAUAGUCAAGUGAACGGUGAUGUAAGUAAAUUAGAUUGCAUAAGAAUAUUAACAUUUCCUUGUGAAGAACGUAGCUGUCGUAGCACACAUUCAUUUCCAUGUGGUAAUGGAGAAUGUCGAUUUAAAAGUGAACAUCUACUUCAAUGGUCAAUAUCAAUUGAUUUUAUUGAACAAUAUGCGAUGUAUUUGAUUAUAAAUAAUACAAAAUUUGAUGAAAUUAGUUUUUACAAUUGUUCAUCAUCAUGGUUUGGUUCUCAUUGUCAAUAUACAUUUGGCUCGAAUAUUUUAAUUGAAUCAUUUGAUGAAUAUCGAUGUCGUAAUGGAGCUCAAUGUAUACCAUUAGAAUUUUUUCGAGAUGGUUGGACAAGUAAAGAUUGUUUAGAUGGAACUGAUGAAGAUGAAAUUAGCAUCAAUAGUCAAGUGAUCGGCGAUGUGAGUAAAUUAGAUUGCAUAAGAAUAUUAACAUUUUCUUGUGAAGAACGUAGCUGUCGUAGCACACAAUCAUUUCCAUGUGGUGAUGGAGAAUGUCAUGAAACAUAUCCAGAAAACUGCUUAUUAAAUAAUUCUCAACAUUUUCCAUGUGAAUCGAAAAAGAAUUUUUUAUCACCUGAUUGCAUAAGUAAUCAAGAUUCAUUCGUCAAUGAAUUUCUAUGGUCUACAUUUGCACUUCUAUGUGAUGACAUUUUUUACGGUAUCUACGACGACGAUGAAAACGACGAAUCGAAUUGUGAAUGGUGGCCAUGUUAUAAUCCAUAUACUCGAUGUGAUACUAUUUUUCAAUGUGCCAAUGGUAUUGAUGAAAUGGGUUGCCCUAAUACUAAUUGUAGUGUUAAUGAAUUAAAAUGUGAUGUUAACGAUCCUGCCAACUCUCAAUGUAUUCGUCAAGCUUAUAUUUACGAAAAAUCGAUCAAUUGUAGUAAGGAUAAUACUGAUGAAAUCAUUUAUCGAAGAUUAUUUUAUUCUACUAACUUAGAAUAUUUGCCAUGGAAAGAAAACACUUGUUUAAGAGAUAAUGAUAUUUGUGGUCAACAAUCAAUUAAUACUCAGCAUUUAGUAUGCAAUAUUGUCAAUGUGUCGAGACGUUUUACCUGUGACAAAUUAAUAUUGAAUAUACAUAAUAAUGAACCAUUGUGUGCAUUAAAAGAUGGUUUUUCUCUUCCGCGUCUUAUUCGUUUUCUUUCUGUAUUCAAUCUUGGAUAUUUUCCAUCAACAAUAAAUAUAACAUCAGCAUCAUCUCCUCGUCAACAUAUUCAUAUUAAAAAAAAAAAUCUUAGCAUUGAAUACUAG